AUGAUAAAGCUGCAUGAAGUGCCUCCAGAACCAAUAGAACCCACUAGCCUCCCUCAUGAUAAUGGUACAAAUACCCCCAAAGGAGAUGGUAGUCCUAAUGGAAGGAAAAAAAUAUUUGGUAUUCCGUACCCAGUUUCCAAGAGCACAUGUCGGAGAUUCCUUUGGAACUGUCAAAAAAUUUCAGUUCUACCCAUGGCACUGUAUUUCCCACUACACGCAGCAAACACUUUGAUCACGCCGGCGAUAUCACCUGAUUCAGCUCCUGACGACGUUCUUAUGAUGGUAAGAGAGAUUUUACCGUCCAUAACUACCAAACUGUUAGUUGCAGGUAUUACUCUUCAUGUUUCCGCAGGUGUCUUGCUCCGUAUCGUGAACAACUGGAAUAAGCCAUCAAGGAAUAAACAUCGUCAUUUAGAAAUAUCCGCAAAACAAGACUUAUCCCAGGAUACGAUAGGUUUAACUGGUGGAAUUUCUGGGUAUUUAUUCGGAUUAUAUAGGACCUUCCGCAUUCCUCCACAAGUAAUUAGUGGAUAUAUCCUUGUUCCCGUUCUGAUAUACCAUUUAUUAAUUAUGAAAUGGGUACCAAAUUCUAUCUCUACUGAGGUGGAUUUCGCCUCUAUAAAGCAAUUACUAUCUAACAAGAACAGGUGGUGGAAGUGGCUUGGAGGUCUGGUGCCAUUAGCCAUUCUCCUCGAGUCAAGUGUAUAUCAUAUAGGUUCGGGGCUCUGUCGUUAUUUCGGUGUCAAUAAAAUGACCGCUAGGAAAAAAUGGUCCACUGCUAUCAACCUAUUGACACUUGUUGGGUUCAUUUCUUUAGUCAGAUUGAUGAGAGAGGAUUCCACGAAACUAGGUCCUAAUCAAUUCGAAGGCAUUUUCAAAAGGAUCCGAUUGCUGUUGCACAUAAGAUAG